CCAAAUAGGAAAGCAUUGAAAGCUGUGCUACAGACUUAAUGGAUUGCAAGACAAUCAAGCAUGCCUUCCCUCCAGAAAGUAAAGGAAGCCGACGUGUGUAGAUGUGUAGUACCAUGUGGCGAGCCCUCUGCAGCAAGCCAUAGGCUACAAACCAGGUGUGUUGCUGUGUCUGAUGGCCUUGAUCAGAACACUCAGUACCUUGCUCCUGAUGUUGGCUGUCCUCCAAUCGUCCGUCUCCGAUAACACUAGCCAAGGUGAAACUGCUGAGGAUGAGCUACAGUAUUUUCUAAAUGUCAUGCACUACCAUGAUAGAACGUAAAGAAAAUAGUGUCUGCGGUGACCCCAAGACAGUGAAGAACACAGAGAUAAACCCGUCUUCAAAACCCUACAGGCUGUAUAGUCACAUGCGGUAUAAAUGUGAAGAUGGCUACAAGCGUCAAGCUGGCACAUCAAAUAUUGCUAUUUGCAAAUUUGAUAACAAGACUCAAAAAGCUGUCUGGAAAUAUGGAAACAUUUCCUGCAUUCGAGACCCAUCAAUCCCUAUUAUCACUCCAAGCAGUACACAAUUUCCAGUAUCAAGUUCAAGUCAUGUUUCUACUUCAUCUUCCACAACCGUAGAAACAUUUAAUAUGCUGUCAUCUACACCAACAGUAAGGAUCCAUGAGAAACCGCAUACUAUACAAGAAAAAGUUACACAAACAACACAACUUCCUGCCCAUACACCUGGGAUCUGGCUUUCCACUACAAAUGAUAGCACUGCUCCAGGAAGAACACGCUCUCCAGGACUGCAGUUUUCUACACAAACUAUAUUACCUAAAGAGACUAGGAGGGCGACAACUGAACAAGAGGAAUAUACUGGUUAUACUGUAACAGUGAAACAAAGCACUGUCACUAAUUUCAUAACUUCUGUGCAAGAUAUAAACUAUUCAGCUACAGAACCAAGUACUUGGCAGAAACAUGAAACGGUGACAAUAGCAACAGGCACCUUGGUGACCAUAAUCUCCCUGGUUGUAGUAAUCGUCCUUGUUGUAUGUUGCAAUCGAAGAAGACAACAAACACCCCCUCGAAACCCUGAGGAUAUCCAGAUGUAUGUACAGGCUACUAAUCCCACGGACAACUUUCCUGGUUCGGGCACACCCGCUGGGGAGGAAGAAACAUUUUUGUAAUAUGCUGAUUUUCCAGACACACAGAACAUUAACAAGAUCACUUGUGGUCAUAUUGAUUCCUGAUACUGUCCACAAAGUGCGGGUACUUUAUAGAUAGUGUUGUGGUGAAGACAACCAAAAAAGUCUAAGUAUGUAAUCUAGAUAUUGUUUGACUAUGUGUGACUGCAUAGAUUAGGGCAUUCGGGCUGGCCAUGCCCAUUCGGUAUUUCUCAGAAAAUGUGAAUCAGCCUCUGACCCACAGGUAUAGCUCUGCAACAAGCAGUAGAUGGUAGUGUGUAUGGGCAAAUGAAAUUUUUCUCUAAAAUACUAAGUUCCAGGUCAUCCCAAUGCAUAUAAGAAACGAUAAAUGAUAUACUGUAUAUCUGAAUAAACACACCAGUGUCAGAACUGUGGACAUCAGUGCAGUGGUGACAGCAAACAAGUAUAAAUAGCCAUAAUAACAUUACAGAGUUCUAACCCCUCCCAGAAACGUCCACAUGGGAUAUGGAUGCAAAAGAGCCAGUACUCUGAUUGGGAAGUAUUACUUUACUGAGAGAGUAGUGGAUGCAUGGAAUAGCCUUCCUACAGAAGUGGUAGCUCCAAAUACAGUGAAGGAGUUUAAGCAUGCAUGGGAUAUACAUAAGGCUAUCCUUCAUAUAAGAUAGGGCCAGGGACUAUUGAUAGGAUUCAGAAUAUUGGGCAGACUAGAUGGGCCAAAUGGUUCUUAUCUGUCGACACAGUCUAUGUUUUUAUGUAUGUUUCUACAGAAACCUGUUCAUUCUGAGAACAUGAAGGGGAAGAUUUAUCAAAACCUCUCCAAAAGAAAAGUUGCCCAGUUGCCCAUAGCAACCAAUUAACUUGCUUCUUUCAUUUUUAACAAGGCCUCUGCAAAAUGAAAGAAGUGAUCUGAUUGGCUGCUAUGGGCAACUGGACAACUUUUACUUUGCAUUCGUUUUGAUAAAUCUGCCCCUUUAAAAUGCCUACAAAAAAUGACAAGCUUUCCUGAUGGUAUUUUUUUGGCACCUAAAUUAUUAACUUAAGGCAUUGAAACUGUUAAGGCAUAGGUAAAGUAAAUUCUGUAUGUCUUUAAAGGGUAUAGUCUCUUUUGCAAGCAAUCAAGAAUGCAUAAAAAAAGCAACUAUUUUCGAUUAAAAACAUAUGGCUGUUUUGUGUCUCUACUGUUUCAGAGAAUAGUGUUAUAUUCAUUCCCUAUAGACUGUGUUGCCUUUUACUUCCUCUUGAGCUAGAACAGUGUUUGUUUCACUCUGUAAACGUGGAAUAAAAUACUGUAUGUCUGCAUAGGAGCCUAAUACAUAAAACAGUGAGAAAUUGUAAUUCAAGAUUUUUCCUUUUUUUAAAUUUUUUUAUUUAAGAAAAAAUACACAAAACAAGAGUGAUGCAGCCUAGUGCAAUAGUGGUGGGGUUUGCAAUGGUCUUCCAGCAGGAUUGUGAGAAAUAUGCACUUACUUCUAGAGUUUUACCAGUAUAGACACAACUCUACUGAUCACUGUAGUAGAAUAGCAAGAUCCACUGCAGCACGUCCUGAUGGCAUUCACAAUCUUCCAGGCCAGGGAAUGAGAUGGACAAUAGCAGUAUUGUAUAGACAGGACAAGGCUAGAGCAAGAAUAACUUAGGAAUCCAUGAGAGAUGUGGGUCGCCUAGGAGCUGAAAAGAAGAUCCUGCAAUGAGAGUCCUUUCCUUAUUGUUCGUCUGAUCAUGCAACAUGUUUCAGCCCAUAAAGCCAUCAUCAGGCAUUUUAGGAAACAUAUACAACCACCUCUAUAUACCCGUCAAUAUCAGUGGUAGCCAUCCAGUAUCAAAACUCAAGGCUCCAGGCAAAAUGUAUAUACAAAAUCAUAACCUCCCUCUAUAGCUCCUGGAGACAUGGUAAACCUAGCCAGAUUCCUCUUCUUAAUUUUGAAUUAUUUAUGCAACCUGUUUCUAAUAUUUCACAUAAAGCAAUCAGGUAUAUUAAAAACAUAUACAACUACCUAUCAGUAUAAGAGCAGAUGGAGCAAGAUAGGCAUACAACAAGGUCUACAUGUCUUUUGAAUUUUUAAAAGCCUUAAAACUAAAAAUGGAGUAUGUGCGAGCAUGCGCGAGUAAAAAAAAACAGUAAGCAAAGGGCCUCAGCCACUGUUUGUCAUAAAAUCCAUGCUUGUUAAUUGUUUCUCUGCCAAUCUAUUAUUAUGCCAUUUAUAUGUAACUUAUUGCUUAUCUUAUAUUCCUCAAUUUAUAUUUCUUUUUUAAUAUUAGAAUGUUAGAGGCUAUAUAAAAACAAUAAAUACAUUAUAGAUAAAAUACUAUAAAGUAUCCAUAAUCUAAUUAGAGAGUUGUCAGAAGAAAAAAAAAUUAUAUACAAUA